UUCAUUGACCUAUAUAUCCGGAAACGUGGUUGUGUCAUACAGGCGGUGUGUUGCAGCUGGAACGGAUAGAACACAUUACAACUGUAUUGAACGAUCGUUGAUCCUAGAUUUCGAGAUGGCGACGCCAGCGGAGAAAGCAACAGCAGCCGGGUUGAAUGCUGACCUGGUGAUGCUUGAUGGGUUUGUGGAAGUAGAGUUCAUGGUGGACAGGUUGAAGAGAGUAAAGGAUCUUCCCAUCCGCGAUGAUGACAUCUUACUCUGCACAUUCCCAAAGUCAGGUACGCACUGGACUUGGGAGAUCCUCAACAUGAUCGUGGCAGGAAAGGCCGAGUACGCGAAACACUGGCAGAACUCAGCCUGGUUAGAAUAUAGGACGGAGGAAGAACUGGAGGCACUGGCAUCACCAAGGAUCCUCCACACCCACCUCCGUCCAAGCCAACUACCCGAGACAGUAUGGGACAAACGAUGUAAAGUUGUGUACGUCAGGAGGAAUCCGAAGGACUGCGUGGUGUCGUCAUUCAGUCAAAUGUCCAAACAGAUCUGGAAGGACAACCCUACUGGCAAACCUAGUUAUACUGGAACCUGGGACGACUUCAUUGAUCUUUACCUUAACGGAUGCAUACCCAUAGGUGCCUAUUUCGAACACACGAUUGAAUGGACCAACAUUUCUGAAGCCAAGAAAAACUUUGAAAUUUGCAAAGUGCACUAUGAAGACAUGAAACAGGAUUGCGUUCGGGAAAUACGAAGAAUGGCAGAUUACUUGGGUCGACCACUGUCGGAUAAAACAUACCAGGACAUAUCCGAGGCAUGCUCCUUUACGAAUCUCAAGCAUGCUAACGAGAAACUCAAAGACCAGACCUACCACUUUCACUGGCAAGGUGAUUCAAGUGGAUACUUCAGAAAAGGCACAACUGGUGAUUGGAAGAACUGGUUCACGGUGGCCCAGAGCGAGCGGUUUGAUAGAGUAUACGAAGAAAGUUUGAAUGAAACAUUUCCCUAUUAACAUCGUUGGAAAGAAUGAAUUAUCGUUAGCCAUUUGUGUUUAAAUGUACAGUAAACAGUUUACUCACUAGUAUGGAAAUACCUCUCUCUACAAUACCGCAGAUGCUGUUGUCAAAGACAAACAUCUUUGUCCUACAGUCUAUGAUUGAAGUAUGUGACCAUACAAGAUUUUGAUCUUGUUAUCGGAGGGUUAUCUGAUGACUAGUUUUCUGAGGCGUGAUUGAUCGUUGGCCUUCGCCAGUUUUAUAUCAAUGAUGAGGAUUCUCUCGCCUGUACAUAAAUGCUGUAACCAUGUCUCGUUGAGAAAUUAUGAUACCCGCAGACUUGGAGGUGCCAUACUCAUGCCGUAUUGCCUUGCCUACUAGUAGGAUUAAUGGUGCUCUAUACAUGUCAACACGUAGACCAGUAUUGUUUAAAGAAUUGGUAGUUAUACAUUCUCGUAAACUGAAGUCCAAUCAUUGUGUUACCCAAUUAAUCGUAAAUAAAAUUGGUGUCAAUGUUGUCC